GGUGGUGACGGACGGCGCCCGGGACGUACGUCCACGAGGUGCUCUGGCUCUGCCGGCGUCGGCGCCACAGGAAGGCAUCCUCGGCGCUUACCCUUCCCCUCCGAGAUGGAGGCAAUCCGCACAGUCACCGAGGAGCUGCUGGGUCUGUUCUACAUCCGGCGGCCCUCCGCCAGCUACUUGCCGCCGCUGAAGCCGUCACCUAAUUACAUCGAGCAGGGCAUCCCGUACCUUGUGGUGCUGAUCGUGCUGGAGGCGGUGCUGUACCGCCUGCAGGGCCACCGGAAGCCAGACAUCGCCGACGUCACCGGCUCCAUGUCGCAGGGCAUGAUGCAGGAGACCAUGCGCUACACGUUGCGCGGCUGCGAGGGCUGGGCGUACGUGUACGUGUGGCGCCACUGGCGCUGCUUCGACGUGCCCUGGGACUCGCCGAUCAGCUUCUGGCUGACCAUGCUCGGCGUUGACUUUGGCUACUACUGGUUCCAUCGCGCUGCGCACGAGGUCAACAUCGUGUGGGCGUCGCACCAGGUGCACCACAGCUCCGAGCACUACAACCUGUCGACGGCAUUCCGCCAGUCGUUCGUGCAGCAGUACUUCAGCUGGGGGGUGUACCUGCCACUGGCUCUCCUCGGCGUGGCGCCGUCCAUGUUCUUCACGCAUGCGCAGUUCAACCUGCUCUACCAGUUCUGGAUCCACACGGAGAUGGUGAAGAGCAUCGGCCCACUGGAGCACGUGCUCAACACGCCGUCCCACCACCGCGUCCACCACGGCUCCAACGUCAAGUACCUGGACAAGAACUAUGCCGGCGUGCUGAUCAUCUGGGACCGGCUGUUCGGCACGUUCUGCUGGGAGGAGGAGACGCCCACCUACGGCCUGGUGCACAACAUCGAGUCCUACGACGUGUGGACGAUCCAGCUGGCGCACUUCCGCUGGAUCGCAUCGGACGUCCGCCAGCAGGUCGGCUGGAAGAACAAGAUGAAGCGGCUGUUGUACGGGCCAGGCUGGGUGCCGGGCACGGGCCGCCUGGGCGACGCCUCCACCUUCCCGGAGCCGGACCCGAAGCGGCCCCGUUUCGAUACGACCGUGCCCGGCUGGCUGCGCGCCUACGUCUUCGUCCACUUCAUGCUGGUCAUGGUGCCGUCAGCCAACUUCGCCCAGAACCACUUGGUGUACCCGGUGCCGAUCUGUCUGCUCUACAGCGCGGCGCUGAUGUUCAUGAUCACGUGUCUGGGCUGGCUGCUGGACGGCGCGCGGCUGGCGCCGGUGGCCGAGCUGCUGCGCUGCGGCCUCUGUCUGCUGAGUCUGCCUCACCUCGGCUGGCUGCCGGCCGCCGCCGCUGCCGCCGCGCGCGCCCUCUUCCUCGCCUCGAUCCUCUUAUGGUUGCUACGGGGUGUGGUCAGCGCCGUCGGCACGGCCAGGACCAAGGCGGAGUAGCGGGGCCUGCGACGGAACGUCGGCAACGGGCCGCACGCGGUGACUCUGCGGUGAGGGAAGGCAUUGCUAAUCAUUAAGUGACUCGUUGGGAAAUAUAAGUUAACCAUG